AUGAGGACAAAGAACUACCAACAUGUUCUUGUGUUUGUCUUUGCCCUGAACAAUGUCAACAAAAAUGUCCACCUCUUACCCAACACCACCCUAGGAUCAAAAAUCUAUGACAACUAUUUUAAUCCAAGAGACACCUAUAAGAACACACUCGAUCUGCUCUUCACAGGACAGGGGAAUCCCAUUAAUUACAAAUGUGGGAGAGUGAAGCGAAUGGUCACCAUUGGUGGACUCGCCUCUCAAAAUUCCAUUCAGAUGACCAACAUCUUACAUACCUACAAGAUUUCACAGCUCAGUUUUGGCACUUUUGAUCCUGUACUGAGUGAUAAAAUUCAGUUCCCUUUUACCUUCUGGAUGGUUCCAGAUGAAAAUCUCCACUAUGUUGGGAUUGUACAGUUACUAAAAUAUUUCAGAUGGAAUUGGAUUGGCCUCGUUUCAGAUGAUGACAGUGGAGAAACAUUUCUUCAAACUCUGAGACUGAGACUCCUCCAGAACAACAUUUGUAUUGCAUUGGCAGAACUGGUUCCAUCUGUAAUGAUUGACUUUUUGAAUACAUCUAAUGAAAUCCUCUUCAAGAUAGGGAGUGUUCUCAGCUUGUUCAAUAAAAUCAAUGUGAUCUUUGCCUAUGGCCAGUUUAUGGAAGGUAUACAAAUACUUCUAGAAAAUCGUGAAUUUCAAGCGAGGCUUCCACAGGAAAGGGUUUGGAUCACAACUGCUCAAUGGGACUUCACAUCUGUUUUCCCCUGGAUUAAGCUCCCAGUAAAAUCCAUCAAUGGCACCUUGUCAUUCACACUCCACACAGAUGUGGUUCCAGGUUUUCAGGACUUCCUGGAGAGCGUAAAUCUGUAUCACUUUAAAACAGAUUUCACCACGAGGUUCUGGUACACUGCAUUUCUUUGCUCACUUCCGAAACAGAUGCAUUCUAAACCAGGGAAGAAAUACUGCACUGGGGAGGAGAAGCUGAGGAAUCUCCCUCAAACUGUGUUUGAAAUGGGAAUGUCUGGCCAGAGCUACAACAUCUACAAUGCUGUUUAUGCUGUAGCACAUGCUCUCCAUGCCACUGAUUUAUCGAGAUGCAAGGAGAAAUCACGGCGAGCUGGAGGCAGCUGGAAACACCUGAAAGUUCAGUCAUGGCAGCUUCACUCUUUUCUGAGAAACAUCCAGUUUAACAAUAGCGCUGGGGAGGAAAUAUCUUUUGAUGAAAAUGGGCAUCUGGCCACUGGAUAUGACAUCAACAACAUGGUCACAUUCCCCAAUGGAUCUUUCCUGAGAGUCCGGGUUGGAAGGGUGGACCCCCAGGCUCCUGCAGGCAAAACGUUUACCAUUAAUGGGAGUGUCAUUGUGUGGAAUCAGAAAUUUAACCAGACAGUUCCUCAGUCCACGUGUGUUGAGAGCUGCCAACCUGGAUACAGCACAAUUGUCCAGCAGGGGCAGCCAAUAUGUUGUUACCAGUGUGCUCAGUGUCCUGCAGGGAGCAUUUCCAUCCAAGCUGAUGCUGACCAAUGUGAAAAAUGUCCAGAACAUCAGUAUUCAAAUGAGAAGCGGAAUCAAUGCCUCCUGAAAAGUGUCACCUACUUAUCCUAUGGAGAACCUUUGGGAGCAGUUUUGUUGACCUGCACCUUUUUCUUUUCUACCAUCACCAUUUUGGUGAUGGGGAGCUUCAUUAUCCACCGGGACACUCCUAUUGUCAAAGCAAACAACUGGAAUAUCACAUGUAUCUUGCUCACAUCUCUGUCUCUUUGCUUUCUCUGCUCCUUCCUAUUCAUUGGUCAGCCUGGGAAGGUGACCUGCCUCUUGCGGCAAAUGGUUUUUGGCAUCACCUUCAGUGUUGCUGUUUCUUCUGUGCUGGCUAAAACCAUCAUGGUGGUCCUGGCCUUUAGGGCCACCAAGCCAGGGAAUAGUAUGAGGAAAUGGCUAGGGAAGAGGAUAGCCGCAUCGGUUAUCUUUCUUUGCUCACUUAUUCAAACUGGCAUCUGUUUUGUGUGGUUGGCAACCUCGCCCCCAUUCCCUGCAUCUGACAUGCACUCCCAGGAUGAUAAAAUUAUAUUGCAAUGUAAGGAAGGCUCAGACGUCAUAUUCUACACGGUCCUGGGUUACAUGGGCCUUCUGGCCAUCAUCAGCUUCACUGUGGCCUUCCUUGCCAGAAAGUUGCCUGACACUUUUAAUGAGGCCAAGUUGAUCACCUUCAGCAUGUCGGUCUUCUGUAGUGUGUGGGUGUCCUUUGUCCCAACUUAUCUGAGUACCAAAGGGAAAUACAUGGUGGCUGUGGAGAUCUUCUCCAUCUUGGCCUCCAGUGCUGGAUUACUGGGUUUUAUAUUUCUCCCUAAGUGCUAUAUUAUUUUACUGAGGCCUCAUCUGAACAAAAGACAGCAGCUAGGAAGGAAAAAGGGCCGAAUGUCUUGA